CUUCUUCUUCUUCUUCUUCUUCUUCUUCUUCUCCUUCUCCUUCUCCUUCUCCUUCUCCUUCUCCUUCUCCUUCUUCUUCUUCUCCUUCUUCUUCCACUGUCUCCACCUCCACCUCCCCACAGUCCUACUCCUCUUCCUCCUGCUCUUCCUCUCCACAAACACCCCUCCCUUCCAGCACUGAUGAUGUUACCUACUUGGGUCAUGAAACGUCUGCAAGAAAACAACCAAGCUCGGAGAGCACCAAGGACCCCACAGUCCUCCUCCUCCUGCUACUUCUCCACCCCUCUUUCUCUCUCUGCACAAACCAACCCCCUCCCCUCACCAUUGAUGAUGCUACCUAGUUAAGUCUGUUAAGAAAACCGCCCCGCGCAGAGAACACCAAGGACUCCUUCUCCUCUUCACAAACCCCCCUCCCCUUCUAACACUGAUGACGUUCCCUAGUUGGGUCAUGAAACGUCUGCAAGAAAACCACCCAGUUCAGAGAGCAUCAAGGACCCCCGCAGUUCAACCCUGGGCUACCUAAAUAUUCUCUUCCGUAGGGUCUCUUUUCCAUCAUCCCCAAAGCUGGGAGUUACCGCUCUCUCGUGCCACUUUAACUGGGUUUUUUUCCCCCCACUUCCUGGAAGGGCGAGAAGGAACGUUGCGGGGAGCAGAGCCUUCUCGAUGUUGGGGCCCCGGGGAGACCCGCUGGUGCCCCUUCUCUCCCCCCCAUGCAAACGCGGUUCCCCCCCGUCGGGGUUUUGUGUUUUCCGAUUCCAAGCCGAGCUUUCGUGCAUCUAUUCCCGUCGCGCCCCUGUGGUUUGCAAUUUCCUGCCUGCGACGUCGUCGUGACUUACAUUUAUUUAUUUUUUUAACGGGUGGUUUGAGGCUGGGCAGGUUGGAGAAGGAGGAAUUUACCUCCCUUCUCCAUCCCCGCCUGGCAGCGUCUUUUGUCAGAAAUGACCUUUUCUUCCACAUUCCUGCUUUCAGGGAAAUCUGCAUGACCUUGAAAAAAAUAAAUAAAAUAAAUAAAUGUGUGACCUCGUUAACUUUUGCAAUAAAAUAAAUCCAACCCUCCCUUGGCUUCCUUUUUGCCGUGGCUUCCUUAUCAAAAACGCUGUUUAUGGAGUUAUUUAUUCCUUUGUUUUGUAGCCUGCCUUUUAUUGUUUUUUUUACAAAUAAGGUGGCGAACGUACCCCCAUCUUUGUUCCUCCUCCUAUUUCCCCCCCCCCACAACAACAACCCUGUGAGGUGGGACUGGCACAAAGACACCCAGCCAGCUUUUAUGACGUAAGGUGGGACUAGAACUCCCUGUCUCCUGGUGAUGGGCCCAAAGUCACCCAAUUGGCUUUCAUGCCUAAAGUAGGACUAUAAUUCACUGCCUCCUUGUGAUUGGACCAAAAGUCACCCAGCUGUCUUUCACGGCUAAGCCAGAACUAGAACUCACCAGCUCCUGGUGAUUGAUUUAAAGUCACCGAGAUGUCUUUCUUGGUUCAGGCAGCACUAGAACUCACAAUCUCCUGGUGACUGAUCCAAAGUGACCCAGAUGUCUUUCUUGGUUCAGGCAGAACUAGAACUCACAAUCUCCUGAUGACUGAUCCAAAGUGACCCAGAUGUCUUUCUUGGUUCAGGCAGCACUAGAACUCACAAUCUCCUGGUGAUUGACCGAAAAUCUCCCAGUCGGCUUUUCAUGGCUAUGGGGGAACUAGAACUCACAAUCUCCUGGUGAUUGACCCAAAGUCACACAGCCGCCUUUCACCGCAAAGGCAGAACUAGAACGCAGUGUCUCCCAGUUUCUAGCAAGGUGCCAUAAUCUCUAGAUCCAAACUGUCUUUUCUCAAAUUCACAUUAUUUUUUGCAAACCUUGAGUGUGAUGGGCUGUUCAUCCGAACAAUUUCAAGGAAUUAGUCCCAAGUUGCAAGGAUGUGUAGGAGUGCUCAAAUUUGUGACCUCAAACAACCCCCCCAUCCCCGUGGCUUGGAGGGGCUGCUCCAAAAUGCUCCCCUUCCCCUAAAAAAGGUUGGUACGAUGGAGAGAUUCCUUUGAAAAAUCGAUUUUCAUUGUUCUCUGCACUGGGGAAGACUCGGGUUACAACAAAGGCCCUGGUUGGUCGGUCGGUUGUUUUCCCUGCGAUCGGAGUCUUAACUGGUGGUUUAGAGAUCGAAUCCUGCGCCAAAGUAGACGCAAUUCACAGGGCCAUUAAAACUUGACACUCAACCGAAAGAGCAGGGCGUGUGAUUGCCCGGGGGCAUUCACGCUUGAUUUUCAGAGAGAAAUCAAUCAUUAAAAUGCUACUGUCGUUUUUGUCAAUAUCUGGACGGAAGACAGUUAGUCCUCGACUUACGACCAAAAUUUCCAUUGCUAAGCGAGACAAUAGUUUUAAGUCAGUUUUGCCCCGUUUUACGACGUUUCUUGCAGCAGUUGUUAAAUAAAUCACGGCAAUUGUGUUACUCGCACGGUUGUGGAGCGAAUCCGGCUUCCCCGUGGACUUUUUGCUCGUCAGAAGGCCGCAAAAGGGGAUCAAGGGACCCCGUGACCGUCAUAAGUAUGAAUCGAGCAUCUGAAUGUAAAUCACGUGACCACGGGGAAAUCUGCGACUGUCAUAAAUAGGAACCCAUUGCCAAGCGUGCGAAUGUUGAUCACGGAUGCUGCAACGGUCGUUAAGUGUGAAAAACGGUCGUAAGUCACUUUAUUUUCAACCCCGUUGUAACUUCGAACGGUCACUCAACGAACGGUCGUAACUCGAGGACCACCUGUAUUCCCAUCCCAGCCUGGGAAAUUAUUGAAAUCCAGGAAAAUUCACGGGACAUCCGGGAGGUUUUCUCUAGGACAAAAUAGAUUUAAAAAAUAAAAACAGAUUUUUCGAGAAUUCUGCAGAAUUGGCGCGAGAAACAGGGGAGGGGAGGGAAGGCCAUUUGAUCUGCGUUUUGGAAGGGUGCUUCCUACCCACCCACCCAAAUCUGGACCCUCCCUUAAAUUUUGGAUGUUUUUCUCCCUCAGGUUGGCACCGGACUCCAUCAACGGUACGGAGACGGAAGCUAGCAAUCAUUGGCCGGGGGUCGCGGUCAGUCGUCUUUCGCCAACCCCCCCGGAGUCCUUGGCCACCGUCAAAUCGCUGAUCAAGUCUUUUGAUCUGGGGUGCUCAGGAGGCACCGGGCAAAGCGUGCCCAUCCACAAGGUCUGCCGGAGUCCCCUCAGCAACAUCCCCACCCGGACGGCUCCUGCGGCUGCUGUGUCUCCCAUCCAGAGACAUUCCACUUUCACCAACCCCAAAUCGGGCGGGAAGACUUUAUCCAAACACACGGAUCUUCUGGAACUCCCUUUGGGGGAUCUGCUCAAAGGGAGGAACGAGGAGAUGAAACCGGACCCCUUCCUGCGCAAGAGCCCCUCCCUCGAAUCGCUCAGCAAGCCCCCCACCCUGACCUUCGCCGGAAGGAUGUUCACUUCCACGCCCAGCGGCUUGAAACCGCCCAGCAAACUCAGUGUGGAAAGGAAGGAUCCAUUGGCCGCGUUGGCGAGGGAAUAUGGCGGCUCGAAACGGAACGCACUCCUGAAAUGGUGUCAGAAGAAAACCGAAGGGUACCCAAAUAUCGACAUCACCAACUUCAGCAGCAGCUGGAGUGACGGCCUGGCUUUCUGCGCCCUCUUACACACCUACCUGCCGGCUCACAUCCCUUAUCAAGAACUCAACAGCCAAGACAAGGUGAGUCAGUUCCUGCCUGCUCCACCAGGGACAACAGAGAGCUCCCCGAGAAUGCCCCUAGUGGAGGGCGAAGGGACUGCAACUGUGCAGAAGAACAGGAGGCAAAUACUGUACUUAACCACCGAUCAUUUAGUGACCAUUCAAAGUUACAGUGACCCUGAAAAAAGUGACUUAAGACCAAUCCUCAUACUUAUGACCGUCACAGCAUUCCCAGGAUUGGUGCGGGGGUCUGAGUGGUGCCGUGGCCUAGAGGUGGAGCUCUCACCUCGCAGUCAGGAGGUUGUGAGUUCGAUCCUAGGUAGAGGAAGAUAGUUCUCUCUCUGGGCGCAAUGAGAAUAUAUCUGCCGAACAAAACUCCUCAUUGGCAACAGGGAAGGGCAUCCGGCCAGUAAAACACUCAGC